CCUGCCUCGCCCUCGAGCCGUCGCCCGGCUGCAAACGCCCGGACACGUAAUGGCGAUUGGACUGUUACGUCACGCGUCUAUCCGCCUGCUGUCCGUCACGCCCGCCGUGUCCGUCGGACCGCUUGGCCGUCUUUGCCUUCUGUCUCUGCCGCGUUCGCUCCUUGACACACCCGGAGACGACGCCGACAAUCGAGCGCAUGUGUCCGGAUCGUCCUCUUGUCUCCUUGGUCGCCCUCGUGAGCUAGCAUGAUGACGUCUGCCACCCUUUCCCGUGCUCUCUCUCAGCUCGAGCGCGCUAUUGGUCGCCACUCUGCUCGCACUGAGUUCCGAUGGAUGCAGCAUACUCUCGACAACCCGCCUCCUGCGAUACCACCCUCGGCAAACACACUUGAAGAGAUGGUCAAUAGACGACUGUCCGGAGAACCUCUGCAGUACAUCCUCGGCUCACAGCCCUUCGGCCCCCUCAACCUCGCAGUCCGGCCCCCCGUCCUCAUCCCCCGCCCCGAAACGGAAGAUUGGACGAUCCGCCUCGCCUCGCUGCUCACCCCCUCCCCCGCGCGCCCCCUCAAAGUCCUCGACCUCUGCACCGGGUCCGGCUGCAUCCCCCUCCUCCUCUGCCAUCUCUGGCCGCCCGGCUCCGCACACGCGACCGGGGUCGACGUCUCCCCCGCCGCCGUCCGCCUCGCCACGGACAACGCCGCCCUCUGCGGGAUCCCCCCGCCGUCCCUCGGCCCAGACGCAGCUCGCGGACCCCCGCCCGCUCCGGCCCUCCCGCAGAAGAACACCUUCACCACGCUCCUCGCCGACCUCACGCGCCCCACCUUCGCGCACGACCCCCGCCUCGCGCCGCCGUACGACCUCCUCACCGCGAACCCCCCAUACAUCCCCCGCGCGCAGUACGAGCGCCUCCCGGCGUCCGUCCGGGACUUCGAGGACGUCCGCGCGCUCCUGGGAGAGACGCCCGAGUGUGCGGAGGGCAGCACGGGCCUGGGGUUCUAUUACCGGAUCGCGGAGCUCGUCGGGGCGCACGGCCUGCUGCGCCGCGGUGGGGGGACGCUCGCGCUGGAGGUGGGCGACGGGCAGGCGGGGGACGUGGUGCGGAUCGUCGAGGGCAGGGCGCGCGUGAGUGAGAUCGACGUUUGGCGGGACCCGUGGGGGAAGGCGCGUGUUGUGUUUGCGCGCGCGUAGGACAGCGUGGUCGAGUCGUCGGACGUGAAGGCCUCAUAUCGCGUGUGCAUCUGCGCGCUUGGUAUUCUUUACCGUGCGACGAGGUUGUGUGGCAUGUCGCACGGCCUGCCGUUAACCUCUGUCUCGCUCUCAGCCGCCUGCUUCUCGUCCCCACAGUAGCCUGCCUCCCCCCCCCCUGCUGCCACGACUUCCCUGGCAGACGCCCACCCCCGCCUCUCCCCGAGAGCCACUGCAGCCUUCGCUGCAGGAACAGCGCAACCCGAGGCACUGCAGUUCUCCGGCGUCCGGCCGGGUCGGCAAGACGUCAAGAAAGUACGCAACACGCGACGGGAACACGACGAGCACCGAGAUCGCGACGUCCCCGUGCGUGACACGUGCAGCGACUUCUCCACCUGCUCCGCCCUACCCCUCGCGCAGGACGGUCGCGAGCCGCGGGCACGGCGGUGGUGCUCCUCGCGGUCCCGCGCGACCGGGUGCCAUAUCGUGACACGACCCGUCGCGAUGCCCCGCGCGUGCCAGGCCGCACGGGCCGUGGGCAGGUCGGACAUUAAUCCCAGUGAGAACGUGCCGGAUUCAGGUCGAUAUGCGUCGAUUUUGAUCGUAUAUAGUCGGGCAACCCGAAAUCACACGAACACUUGCCAUAUUUACGACCGUUUUCGUAAUGAGUCGUAUAGCGCCGUGCAAACCCCCAAUAUAAUACUAAUCCUGUCGAUUUGGGUCGAUGGGGAUUGUCAGCAAUUGAUUGUGCUCGAGAAAUUUUGGGCUGGGUAGUUUCAGGUCGUCUUGAUGCAGAGCACGCCAUUGAUUGAUAUUUGGGGAAUAUCUGUAUUCAUUCGUAUAGACUCGUAUGACUAUGUGAUACAAUAUAGC